ACACACAAAACAUAAAAAACAAGAAUAUGUAAAAAAUAUACAAUGAAAAAAACCGUCAAAAAAAUUCUCCAAUUUGAUGAGAGAGAAGCAUAAUUGAUACACAAUCAUCAGAUCAAAAAAUUCAGUUACCAUUCAUCCUCCACCACUCACUCCCAUCACCCCCACCACCAUGCCUCCACCUCUCCUCCCCACUCUCUUCUUCCUCCUCCUCACCGCCGCCGCCCAGGACUCCGAUCCCGGCCCCGACUGCACCGGCCGAUGGAUCCACAUCCGGCAGCUCCCCCCUCAAUUCAAUCUAGACCUCCUCUCCAACUGCUCGGAAUAUCAAGUCUCCGGCGACUUCUGCCCCUUCGUCGGCAACCAAGGCCUCGGCCAGAAAACGCACAACUCCUCCCGCAGCUGGUACCGCACCGACCCCCUCAUGCUCGAGCUCAUCUUCCACCGCCGCAUGCUCGAGUACCCCUGCCUCACCCCCGACCCCUCCCUCGCCUCCGCCGUCUACCUCCCUUACUACGCCGGCCUUGACGCCCUCCGCUACCUCUACGGCCCCGACCAGAACUCCAGCUUCCUCCACGGCCUCGAUCUCUUCCGCUUCCUCACCCGCACCCACCGCCCCGAGAUCUGGAACCGCCGACAAGGCCACGACCAUUUCCUCGUCAUGGCCCGCCCCGCCUGGGACUUCAGCCAGCCUCUCUCCAAUGAUCCCCCAAUUUUCGGCACAUCCUUCCUCGAAUCGCCGGAAUUCUUCAAUGUAACCGCCUUAACUCUCGAAUCCCGCGCAUACCCCUGGCAGGAGCAGGCAAUCCCUUACCCUACCUCAUUCCACCCCCAAAAUCUCGGAUUCCUCCAAUCCUGGAUCCAGCGCGUGAGACGCACGCGCCGCUCGGCUCUGAUGCUAUUCGCCGGCGGCGGCGGGAUCUCGGCGAAUCCGAACAUCCGCCGCAGCAUCCGCCUCGAGUGCGACAAUGUGACCUCCCUGAGCGCGGAGGGGAGCGGAUUCGAGAAAUUCUGCGAUUUCGUGGACUGCUCGAGCGGGAUCUGCGAGCACGAUCCGAUCCGGUUCAUGAGGCCGAUGCUGAGGGCGAGCUUCUGCCUGCAGCCGCCCGGGGACACGCCGACGAGGCGGUCGACGUUCGACGCGAUGGUGGCGGGGUGCAUACCGGUGUUCUUCGAGGAGCAGUCGGCGAAGAAGCAGUACACGUGGCACAUGGCGGAGGAGGAGUACGGGGAGUGGUCGGUGUUCAUUGCGAAGGAGGAGGUGGUGGGAAAGGGGGUGAGGAUUAUGGAUGUGCUGAUGGGGAUUCCGAGGGCGGAGGUGAGGCGGAUGAGGGAGAGAGUGGUGGGGUUGAUUGAGAGAGUGGUGUAUAGGAAGCAUGGGAGCUCGUUGGGGCUCAGAAGUAAGAAGGAUGCAUUCGACAUUGCCGUUGAUGGAGCUUUGCAGAGGAUUAGCUCUAGAGUGCAUCAGAUUUUGGCUCAUUCACUCCUUUCUCAUGUGUAAUUAGUUACUUAGUAAUUUACAUCAAUUUUGCUUUUGCUUUUGGAUUUGGUUAUACUUUGUUUAAUACCAUCAAACGAGCUUCUUUCUGUGAAUUAA